UAUUAGUAUUUCGGUUCACAGAGCAGAGCGUCUCUUUUUUCUUAUUUAAUUUUUAUUUUUACAUGAAAAUGCAUUGAUAUAAUGUAUUUUUAUGGAAAUUUGGAGUGUUCUUAAUAUUUACCAAAGGAAAUGGAAUGUACUGAAGAAGAUUGGACUGUAGAGUGUUCAGAUGAUGAGAAAUAUGAAGUGGAUGAAAAGCAUAAAUGGAAUAUAAAGGGUGAAGAGAUAGUCUUAUUAAUUGAAGGUUUGGAAGAAAAUAAUUGCGUUCUAGAACUUGAAUGGAAGUGUCCUGGCAGACGAGGGCCUUCUCCUGUUCCUUCAAACAAUCUACAACAGGAGCUGGAGUCUCCAGAAUAUAAAACUGAAGAAAAGUCUGACUUUGAUUUUAUGGAUGAGAUGUCAUUACCGAGAUUACCUGUUCGAAGGAUUGGCGAAAGUACUCCAAAAGGUAGUGCCAAGAAAAAAAUUGCCAGCUUUAAUGGAGUAAUCUCUACAAUGUUAAGACAUCGUAGACUGGAGCAACAAGAAAUAAAUUUAAGUCCAAAAAAAAGUGAAUCUUCUAUAUUAAAGACGCCUACUUAAAAAUAAAAUAUUUCAAUUUUUUAUAAUUUAUAUAUACAGUUAAUACACACGCACACACUCACACGUGCACGCACGUUAUAUAUAACUCAGUAAAUGUACACACUUACCACACGUAAAUAUAUGCAUUGACUAGUAAGUACAUGAAGUUAAUACUUUCACUGUGACACAUACA